CAAGUCAAUACCUUGGACUCUGCUUGCAUAUGGCUCAUCACUUGCGAGCCAUGGCCGAGAACAAAACUUUUCAGGAACCUAUAUAUUCAGAUUCCGCUCGAACAAGCUCUGCGAGUGGACCACUUUAAACAAAAUGGUAGAAACCGAAAAGCCUCGAAAACCCAAUCCUCAAUCGCCUGAAAAACCCACUUUCUCAUUCUCCCUUCGCGUUUGGCCACCGUCGGAGAGAACACGCGACGUUGUGAUUAAACACCUCAUCGAUACCCUUUCUUCUCCAUCAUCCUUCGCUAACCGCUACGGCAUGCUUCCCUCCGAGGAGACCAUCGCGUUCGCCAAAAUCAUCGAGGAAGAGUCUUUCCUCGCCGCCGCCGCCGCCGCCGCCGCUACAUCGGCUGGCGUUGAGGCUGAUCCUUGCCGUGGAAUCGAGAUCCUUCAAGUUUAUUCCAAGGAGAUCAGCAAGAGGAUGCUGGAAAUGGUUAGGAAUAAAGCGUGUAAGCGGCAUGGUGGUGCCUUUUCUAGUGAGGAAAUGUCUCCAUCAUGUGAUUGCUUGAUUAAUUUAUCGUGUUAAAAUGUGAUUUUUAGUUUUUGGGUUUUGAUUGAUUGCAAUGUCGGUGCCGCAGAUCUGUUUUAGCCAUUGUAGGAUAUGAUAUGUGAGUCUGAAAUUGAUUUAUUGGCAUUUUAACUUUUUGAGUACGAUCAUUCUGAUUUAUUGGAGGAUUACUGAGCUCAUAAUCUUCCUGUGGAUGUUUUGAUUUUGUGAUUCCUGUGCGAAUAAAUUUAAAGGGAAAGAUUUAUGGGUUGCUUCA